CCGAGUCCUAUCAGUUUAAUAAAAAUAGACAAAAUUGACGUUCAUGCUCAACGCCUGAAUUGGAAUACAAGCGUUAAAUAAAAUAGUGCCAAACAUUCUAGGAGUUGUUGUAUUUGCGGAAUCAUAUAAUAUUAUUUCACACAUGAAGCUUUAGUAAUUGAGAUAAUGGUUUCAUUUAUACAGUUCGUUUUUGUUACUUGAGUUCAAAAAAAGGAAUCAGUCAAGAUGAAAGUUGACAGAGCCCGCCUCAAGAAGUUCUCUUCUGAGGUGCCUGCUGAGUGUUACCAAAUAAUAGAGCAUUUGCAAACAUGUACCAGACCUGAGUUGUUAGAUGAAUUAUCAAAAAUCCAUACAUGGACUUUUGGUAAAUGUGAGUUGUAUCAUUGGGCGCCAGUCUUGGAUAUUUUUGAUAGAAUCCUAGAAGAAGCAUGUGAACCAGAAGUGCAAAAUAAGUGGAUGUUAUUUUGUGAUAUACAUUACUCUCCAGAAGAUCGAAAUUUGCUACUAUGGAUUUUGCAUUUCUCAACCCUAUUGAUAGAACAUUCAUUCUCGCGCCAUUUAUACAACUCUAUGGGGCACCUAUUAGCUCUGCUGCAGGCACACGAUAUGUCCAUUGUAUUAGGUGUUUUAAAUUUGUUGUAUAUGUUCUCUAAAAGAAGUAACUUCAUCACCAGACUCAAGACGGAGGAGAAAGUUUUCCUCACAUCUAGAUUAUAUAAUUUAGCUGAGAACUGGGGAGGUAAGGAAAAUGGUUUUGGACUGGCAGAAUGUUGUGAUGAAGAUAAACCAGUUGCUCCCUCAGCUACAACUCUACAUAUAGAGUUUCAUAAAGAUGAUAUGGAAGUGAAACAUCCUAAAGAUACAAGACUUACCUCAAACAUAAUACACAUAGAGCAUGUUGACAAAUUGCAUAAGACACCUGCUGAAAUAAUGAAAUCUUUAGUGUCCAUGUAUAAUAUUCCAGAAGACAAAGAGAUGUGGCUGUAUUGUCAUGUCCGUUUGGCCCAUCAAUUUUCGGAAUAUCAGAGUCGUUUAUUACUUGUCCAAGCUAGAUUACAAGCACUAUCAAUUCUGAUAUAUUCUAAUGCUCUGCAAGAUUCGCCACAGAAUCUUUUGUACUCUGGCAUUUUGGAGGAACUUGUUGAACUUAUCGAAUUGCCUAAACCCCAUUUGGUUGAAAUUCGAUCUGCCGCUCUAAGAACACUGACUGCUAUAAUACAUUUGGAUAGGAGCCCACACAUUGCCAAGUAUGUAGACUUGAUGAAACCUGGUUCUCGACUACAUAACAUUAUAGAUGUAACUGGAGCAAGUCAGUAUCACGGUUUUUUACCUGUAAUGGUUCGUACCUGCAUUUCAAUUCUUACAAACCAGAAUGAUGAAAGAAUUUUAACACAAGCAGAAGGAAUUUUCCCACGUGCUGAGGUAGAUGAGGCUAAUGAGCCUGUCGAUUUUCAUUCAGAGGGCAUUCUCAGUAUUGCUAUGUUGCAUAACAAUCAAUCUAAAUUUCCCCUUGCUUUAGCCACAGCACUGUUUUCAUUUUUAUACCACUUAGCAAGUUAUGAAGCUGGUGGAGAAGCAUUGGUAACAUGCGGUAUGAUGGAGUCCCUUCUUCAAGUAAUCAAUUGGCAUGGUACAGAGUUGGAACAUAUAACAUUUGUUACCCGUGCUGUCAGAGUUAUUGAUCUUAUCACUAAUAUUGAUAUGCAAGCUUUCCAAACACAUGAAGGGCUCCAGAGUUUCAUAAAUCGCCUUAGUGCUGAAGUUAAUUUAUGCAGAAAAGAUCAACUUGUGGAGGUCAAAACAAGGACACAAGAUGAUGAAGUUGAAGAAGGGAGUGAAAUGGACACAGGAGAAUCCAUAGUUCAAAUGAUUAAAAAUCAUCCUAGAAAUCAGGGUAAAACCUGUUUGCCUCAACGCGCUGCCCUCUUGAAAUCAAUGCUGAAUUUCCUGAAGAAGGCUUUUCAGGACACCACAUUUUAUGAUAACGUUCGUCAUCUUAUGGAAGGUCCUUUACCUGAUGCAUUGAAAAACAUAAUAGCUAAUGCAGAAUAUUAUGGGCCAUCCUUGUUUCUUCUGGCAACAGAUGUGGUAACUGUUUAUGUUUAUCAAGAACCAGCAUUGCUGGGUACCAUCCAAGAUAAUGGACUAACAGAUGUUGUCCUUUAUGCAUUACUUACGAAAGAAGUUCCUCCUACAAGAGAAGUUUUAGGAUCCCUCCCUAAUAUAUUCAGUGCACUUUGCUUGAAUCACAGGGGUUUGACACAAUUCACAAAGUUCAAACCAUUCGAAACAUUCUUCAAAAUAUUAAUUUCCCCAACGUAUUUAGCAGCAAUGAGAAGGAGGCGUAGUUCAGAACCAAUGUCUGACACUGCUUGUAAUCUGGGAAACGCCAUGGACGAAUUAAUGAGACAUCAGCCAAGCCUUAAGGCUGACGCUAUAGCAGCAUUGGUGAAAUUGCUUCAAGAAUUGGUUAACCUAGGUACUGAUCCAAAGUACAUAUGCUGGAGACCAAGCAGUAAAACUGAAAUUUCCCCUUCAAUAAAUUGCAGAGUCAUAAAUAACACUGAAGGUUCGUCUGAUGAAGAUGACGAUGAAGAAGAAGAAGCUUCAACCUCUUCUCAGAAUGCUGAAGCUCAUACACAGAAUAGCGAAAGACAACCAAUAGCUUUGAUAGACUAUAUUCUCAAUGUUAUGAAAUUCGUUGAUGCUAUUUUGAGCAACAACUCAACUGAUGAUCACUGCAAAGAAUUCAUACAACAGGGAGGUCUACCGUAUCUAUUGGGACUGCUUAGGCUUCCUAAUUUACCUGUAGAUUACCCCGCUACUAAUACAGCUCAAGCUGUGGCAACAGUGUGCAAGAGUAUUCUUAACUUAGCCCAUGAUUGUUCUCUGUUCAAAGAAGGGUUGCAUCAAUUGGCUGAGGUUUUACUUCUUAUGAAACCACUUUUCUCCAAGACAGAAGUACCUGGAGGGUCUAAGUUAUUGAUGGAAUUGGCAAGCGCUCCAAAUGCAGAUAAUGCGUUCAGUACAGCUACUGAUACUCCUCUUCUCCAUGGAAUGAGUGCAGCUCACGGAUAUGUAAUAAUGUUUGUACAUAUUUGCCGAACUGGCCAAAAUGACAUUCGAAGUUUGUCAUUGCAACAAUGGGGAACUCAAGACGGGAUACGUGUCUUGAGAGGAUUAUCUGAAUUGUACACCUCCCUUGUAUGGGAAAGUACUCUUCUUCUGGCAUAUUGUAGUGAGGAUUUAAUGCCCUCAUACUGUAAUAUACCAAGAGAAGACACAGAAAAGUUGUACAAUUUCUUUGCCAUGUGUGAUAUGGCUAAUCCCGGAGAAGGUCCUUCCACCUCUUCUAUAGAUACUCUGACCAAAAGUAACGGUCCUGCCAUAGCUGAUUCUGGAUCAGAGGCAGGCUCUGCAAAGCCUAAUCCUAAUGUCAAGCUAAUCAAGCCUCUUCUUGCAUCCUCAUCUAGGUUAGGACGAGCUUUAGCUGAAUUAUUUGGAAUUCUUGUUAAAUUAUGCGUUGGCAGUCCGGUACGCCAAAGGAGAGGCCAAAAUGUUGUUGCUACUCCUCCUAGCCCAUCUCCAUUUGCAAGAAACGUUGCCACUGCAUUGGGCCUAUUACUUUGCGAUGGAUUGGAUUGGGAAAAACUUCAACAUUGUCCCACCCCAAAAUGUAGAUUGACUUUCUUGAUCUGUAGCGUUGGAUUUACCAGUCCCAUGCUCUUUGACGAGAAAAGAUAUCCAUAUCAUCUUCUUCUCAAGAAGUUUGUUGAAUGUGGAGGUCUAGAUGCUUUUUUUAAGACUUUCAGAUGGGCAUUGAGUGCUGGUGGUACUAUUCCUAUUGAACAAGGAUUAGAAGAUCCAAAUUUACCUGAAGGAACUGGAGGAUUUCUGGAUGCAUGGUUGAUGCUUCUUGAGAAAAUGGUCAACCCCAAAGCUGUACUAGAAUCACCACAUGUGGUGUCAAACCGUGGAUCUGAACACCCUGUACACGGUUGGCAUUUCGAUCCCCUGAAAUAUUUGAUCACCAUUCACAAAUUGGCUUUUGAGAGUUGUAUGUUAUUAUGGGGUAGAACGCCAUUACCCACAUACGGUACAAGAAUGACCGAGUCUAUGCUGACAAUUUUCAAGCAUAUUCUACGUGGAGAAAAAAUAAUAAAAGAAAAAAUGAAGGAUGGUACUUUAGGACCUUUAACGAGUAAUACUAUGUCUGAUAAAGAUUUCCCCGAUAAUUUGAAACAGUUGAUGGAUAUGGGAUUCAGUAGGGAGCAUGCAUUGGAAGCUCUAGUUCAUACAAACAACUUAGAGCAAGCAACAGAUUACCUGCUUACCCAUCCUCCAGACCAAGAAUUCAACCGUAUAUAUGAACUUAUUGGUAGUGUUGUUGAAAAUCUGUCAACUACUCUUGGUGGUGCGCCAUUAGCUGAAAGUCUCAUUGAUCAAUUCAGUAAAGAUUGCAUUAAAGUUUGUCUAUUUAUCAUCAAACAUAUACCAGACUGUGUUCAUAAAGUGUGUGAGCUCUUGGUAACAGUCAUGAAAAGAAAUGGAAAACCAUAUAGGGAUCAGUUGUACGAAUUGAUUGUUGAGGAAAUCUACAGGAUCUCUGUUAAAAUCUCAACGUUGCACCUUGAUUUCAUCAUUUGUGUUGAUUUGAAUACAACCAACCAAUUAUCCAAGUUAUGUCAUUUGUAUAUUCUCUUCUUAGAAAUGUCAACCUAUUUUGAGAUGAGAAUAUCUUGUGCUGGAGCUGCUUUCAAGAAAAGAGAUUUACUUCCAGCUCUCAUAAACCUUGUAUCGAGAACUGAAAUAGCAAUGACCAAUCAUAAUGUUGGAGCUGGAUUUAAAUGGCUCUCACCUGUUAUCCUGAUGAUCGAUGAGUUAUCAAAAAUUUCCAUACUCUGCGAUAGAAAAGAUAUGAUGCAUUCGAAUACAAGUAGGGUAUGGCGAUGGUUCGAUUUGGUUACAGGCAAAUGGUCUCCUUAUUCGUCUAGUAAUAAUAAAACCAUCAAUGACGCGUAUUGGGCUGGCGAACACAGUGUGAAAGUCAGUUGUGGACGGAGAAGAUACACAGUGACAUUUGCUAACAUGCUUCAGAUAAAUGAUGAGAGUGGCAAUAACCGACCCAUAGCUAUGACCAUUGUUUACUUGAACCAUCCUAGUUUUAUGGAUAUAACUAAACCUCCGCCACCAGAUGCUAGAGGUGAGAAAGAUGGAAAUACUGCACGUUUUGAGGAAAUGGAUAAAGCCCAGAAAAUAUGCAUGCUCCUAGCUUGUGUUAAGUUGUUGCAAUUGCCCAUCGAUCGUGAAGUUAUUCACUCUGUACUUCAAACAUGCGUCCGACUGACGAGAAGUUUCGAAAUGGCGAAGAUAUUUGUGGAAGAAGGGGGUGUGAAAGCUCUACUAGCAAUGAAAUAUAUGGCUGAUUUUAUGGGUUUCGGUAUACUAGCAACAAUACUGAUCAAACAUUGCCUGGAAGAACCUAACAUUUUAGCCUAUGCAAUGGAGAAGAUUAUCAGAGGUAGGACAAUAUCUACAAUACCUCCUCCCUAUAAAGAGUUAAUAUACUUCACCAGGCAAGUUGGAGGUGCCAUUACAAGAGAUCCAGCAACAUUUAGUGAUGUUUGCAGAACAAUUUUGAGAUUAGAUACCUCAACUUACAGAAAUGAUGAAAUCGAUCCUAGAUUGAUCGUUAGAUGUGAACCAGCUGUUAGGAGUAAACCCCCAGUACUGGAAUCUAGAGUGGCUAAUGAAGUACUAAGUGAUCUACUGAAUGCUCUUAGAAAACCAUUGGAAGUAGACACUAGCCCUCCUCCACCCCCUCCACAUUGCAGCAAAGUAUCUAUAGCUACUCAAACGUCUGAAGAUGUGAAUGAAGACAGUUCAUCGUCAUCUUCUCCAUCUAUUCAAACCGAGAGUAACACUGAAGCAAAGACGGAUAGUAAUAGACAGAAACCCAUGCUUUCCAAAUAUGUGAUUUUGAAGAUUUUAGCAGAUGCCGUAGUUUCUUAUCAUCCGGUAGCAAAACUUGUUACCGAAUUUCACUAUUGUGAUAAUACCAGUGUUCUUGCAUUUUUGUUUGACAAAAUAUUACCGGAAACACCCAAUCUGUCCGAUUCUGAAAGUUCUUCUAUGUGCCGCAUGCUUAUAGCAUCUCUUGCUUCAUCCAACCAUUCACCUGAAGCCCAACAAACGCUGGUUAUGGAGGUAAAAUCCGCUUUGGCGCGAGCGCUCUCCUUACAGGAAUCUGCAGAAAAGCAUGCACAAAUACAGAGCUUGUGUGGAAUUAUAUCUACUAUGAUAGAAAAUUGCCCACCACAAUCAAAAGUUAGGCCACAGAUAAAUAAUAUAGUGAGAUUGCUAAUCAGAAAAGGGAUAUUUAAUGAUCUGGCAAGGGUUCCAUUAUACAUGGAUCUGUCUUCACCCCAUCUCGCUUACACUGGAAACGCUUGCUUGAAGCCUUUGGAAGCAUUAUCACGAAUAGUUAAUCAGCCGGUGCCAUUCCAUAUGCAAUCAAAGAAAAAAACUCAGCAACCUCUGGAAGAAGGACCUGGUUUUCAGCUUGAUAACACAUCGAACGAAGACACUAUUGCCCAAGGUGAAGAAGCAAUAGAUGACACUGAAAACACAGAACAUGACAUUUCUUCGACAUUGGACACAACCAACGCUGAAGAAACUGCCGAAGAAGAUAAUGUACUUGAACAAAUAAUGGGACAAUUACUAGAUCCAGGAAACACCAAUAAUACGACAUCUAAUAGAAAUCAUAGCUUGGAAAUCGAUAACCAUGGUAACAUCAACUUUGAAACUGAAAGAGAUGCUACGGAGGAAAUGAUGAGCACUGAUUCUGGUGAUUCUGAUUCAAAUACUUCAGAUCAAGGUGGUGAUGAUGAUAACGACGACAAUGAAGUGGAUGAUGAAAUUAUAGAUGACUCUGAAAAUAAUUUUGCUAACAGCUACAACGAUGAGAGCAUCGAAGAGAGAAGAAGAGGUUCUCAUGGAGAAGGAAAUGAGGACGACAUCUUGAUGAUACAUUAUGCUAAUGUCGAUGAAGAUGUCCUUCCAAGAGUCAGAUGGAAUGAAAACGGAUUUACUGUUCCAAUAUUUGAUGAGGCCAAUUCUAACACUGAACACUCGGUUUCUCUUAUUCACCCAUUAUUAAUUGGACGUGUUAAUGAACUGAAUCAGCAGUCCAUAUUUGCGAGAAACACACGAACAAACAGGGCAAGGCGUUACCAGUAUUUAUUCAAUCCAAGAAAUCCAACUCCACCUAUCAUACUACAGCGGCUACUUGGACCACAUGAUCCACACAUCGCUCUAGGUGCAGCCGAUUUGAGACAAGAAAUAAGAGAAUCUCCUCGUGUCAUCAUGAUGGACAACUUUGGAUUUCUUCCAACCCAUGAAGAACAGAUUGAUCUUGUUGAUAAUUCUGGAUAUCUAUUUGGUUCAACUUUGGCUGCAACUUUAAGUCAUAUUCCCCCUGUACUUUAUUGGUGGAACAUAGAAGCAAGAAUAUUGGACAUGGAAUCUGUUUACGACACUUCACUGUUUAUUUGUAAUCAGUUGUUGCCACCUUUGAUCAAGUACAGAAAUGCUGAGAUGCUUGAUAAGAAAAAGAAUGAAGAACAAACUACUCAAUCAAGAAAGCACAAACUUACAAUUCAUAAUGUAGACUCCGAACAAAGCAGCGAAGAAACUAGAGAUCCCUCUGAAGGUAGAGUUGUUAGAAGAAGAAAUGAUGAAGAAUUAGAUGGGGUUCCAAUAGAGGAAGAUGAUGAAUCGACAAAUCCUAAUAUCUCAACUGCUCAGUUCAUAAGGAAUAUCGUGUCAGAGUUUUCAAGUGCAGCUAAUGUUGCUUUGCGCAAUACAAUUGCGCCUAAUCCUUUCAAUCCAGAACCUGAGCCUCCUGCAAUUAGUUCAGGUUCUGCUAGAACCACUCCACCUAAUACAGCUAGUAGUAACUCAGGUUCAGCAACAAGAGAUUCAUCUACAGAUCCAGAAAAUGAUCAAGAGGGCGACUCACCAUUCAGUCAAAUUGAUAAUAAUAUCAGACACAUGUAUUUCGAAACGCCUUCAUCCCAGCCUCCAGCUCGUGAAAAUGUUGCUACUCUGAUGGUCAAUCCAACUCAGAGUACUCAAACAGGACAAAGCACUCCAACAGAAUCAAGUAGUGCUGUUGUGUUGAGUGAACCUGGCCCUAGCUCAAUGAACACUGAAGAUGUUCCAGAAGGUGUUGAUCCUUCUUUCUUGGCCGCUAUUCCCCCUGAAAUGCGUAGAGAAGUGAUAGAACAACAUAGGUUGUUGAAUUUCCAGCAACGGUUUGCUAGAGCUUCACAAUCACAGUCAACAUCCGGUGAACAGAGUGCGGAGCUUCCUGUCGAAGUAAACUCAGAAUUUUUAGCCGCAUUACCACCAUCACUCCAAGAGGAAGUACUUAACCAACAGAGGCUUGAACAACAGAGACAAGCUGCUUCAAAUGCAAAUCCAAAUGAACCUGUUGAUGCAGGUGCAUUUUUCGAAACUCUUCAGCCAUCAUUAAGGCAGAUGAUCCUGUCUGAUAUGGAAGACUCACAGAUAUCAGCAUUGCCACCAGAUCUUGCUGCUGAAGCUCAAAAUCUGCGAAGAGAUCUCGAAGCAAGGAACCGUCAGUUGGUUCAAGAGCGUUUUCUGCAUAACAAUCUCACAACUAUUAUAAGACAUUCCGCUAGAGGUAGGAUUAGUGGAAGGCCCUUUAUGCCACCUCAGCGUUCUCAGUGGGCAACUUGGGGCAGAGAUAUCCUGAACAUGAAUAGUAGUGGACAGUCUGGUUCGAAUGCCAACAUGAAAAUAAGAGGAAGGCAACUCCUUGAUCAUGAAGGGCUUGCUUGUCUCCUUGUACUACUGUUCACCGAUGAUGCUCAGCUCAACAAAUUGAGACUCCACAGGGUCAUAAGGAAUUUAUGUUUCCAUGGACCUACAAGAGAAUGGAUAGUAAGUGCUCUCUUGUCUGUGGUUGAUAGAAGUGUUCAUACAAAGCAAGAUGAUUCUUUGAACAAGCCAGCCAGGAAAGGCCCUAAGCCGGGUCCUUUGACAAGUAAACUCAUGACAGAUGUGAAAUCCCUCCAAUCAGGCGGCAACUGGUUAAACAUCAGAAUGGAAGCUGCGUUAGGGUGUUCUGCAAAUGUUUUCAUUGUUACUAGAGGGCCAGCAAAACGAAGUGAUAAGUAUGCUGUGGCAAAUAUAUCAAUCCAUCCUCAGGCAGCCCCAAUCAUUUGCAAGAAUGCGUUAGAGUUGAUAAUUUCUUUAUCGAAAACAUUUCCAAAUAAUCUCUUACCAGUUAAGUGUUUCAAAGAAGAUGAUAAGAUAUUAUUAUCACCUGUGAAAGUGAAAACAGAUGGAUUAGAUUUCUGGGAUGUGUUAUUGAGACUGGAUUGUUCGAGUACAAAGAAAGGAAAAAGUAUACCCAAAUCCAACACAAUAUCUUUAAUGGAUUCGGAGAACACUACUUUUGAUCAUUCCAUUUUUGGUCAGUUAUUGAAUAUGUUGUCAUCUCCUGUUAUCCAUAAAAAUACUCACCUUACCGAUAAUUUAUUAAGGCUCUUGUCUGUCAUUACUUCAACUAUGCCUGAAGUCUCUAAGAAUCAAAAUGGAGCUAAAAAUAAGGUUAAAUUACAAAAAGAAAGCUUUGCUACUCCAGUCCAGUCCAUUAAUUUAGCCGUUAAUGUUAUUACUUAUAAAAGUUGCUCGGAAGAUGGCUUAGAAUAUAUUACCAAUCUUCUACUGAAUCUGGCAAGUUCUUCUCUAGAAAUGAGUUAUUUGAUAUUGAAUUUACUCCUAGCCGCAGCAAGCAAAAUGGGGGAUAUUGUCAAGGGACAGAUUGACCAAAUGUUGGGUGAACUUAAGAAUCUUAACGGUUCUCAGAAACGCAAAAUUGACGAUGUUGUCCAGCCUUCAUCUUCUAAAGGAACUAUUGCUAAUCGUUUUACCAAAGAAACUGUAGUUAUAACUGCAUCUACAAAGGUCAAAACUUCCUACGAUUUGCAACUACCAUCUAUGGUGCCUUUAACCUCUAAGUCCUCAAGUCAGGUGUUUUUCCUUAGAGUGCUUCGGGUUAUAGUCAAUAUUAGACAUUCUAUUAAACAAACACUCAAAAAUGAAGAGUCUUCAUCGUCAAGCCAAGAGUUGACACCAUUGUGUGAGCAACUGUCAAAGCUUGAACCUCUAUGGGAAACACUAAGUCAGUGCCUUCUUGAAUUAGAACAUACACCUGACCACCAUGCUGUAUUAGUGCUUCAGCCUGCAGUUGAAGCUUUCUUCUUAGUUCAUUCUCCUCAUCAUCAUAAGUUAGUUACAAGAGAUAGAGAUAACCAAGGAGACAGAGAUAACGUUACCAGGCCUACAGCUAUGCCAGCUGAUUCUGAGCCUGCUGGAGGUUCCAGCAGUGGUGCCAAUAAACCUGAAUCAUUCCUUGUAGAGGGAGAUUCCAACAGCUCAGAUUCUUCCACAAAACCAACCGUCCCACAGGAACAGUUGAAGUUCCUCAAUUUUGCCGAAAAACAUCGAACAGUUCUCAAUCAGAUAUUGCGUCAAAGUUCUGCUAAUCUAUCUGAGGGACCAUUUGCUGUUUUAGUGGAUCAUACCAGAAUACUAGAUUUCGAUAUCAAGAGGAGGUAUUUCAGAGCAGAGUUAGAGAGGAUGGACGCUAAUGUAAGACGCGAAGAAACGGCUGUCCAUGUUAGAAGAUCAAAUAUUUUCGAAGAUUCCUUUAGGGAAUUGUACAGGAAAAGUCCUGAGGAGUGGAAGAAUCGAUUCUACAUCGUUUUCGAAGACGAAGAAGGGCAAGAUGCAGGUGGUUUAUUGAGGGAAUGGUAUGUUGUUAUAUCUCGUGAUAUUUUCAACCCAAUGUAUGCAUUAUUUACUGUAUCUCCUGGAGACCGUGUCACAUACAUGAUUAACUCUGCUAGUCACUAUAAUCCAAAUCACUUGUGCUACUAUAAGUUUGUUGGAAGGGUCAUAGCUAAAGCUAUAUUCGACAAUAAACUUCUCGAAUGUUACUUCACCCGUUCAUUCUAUAAACACAUAUUAGGAAUACCUGUGAAAUACACUGAUAUGGAAAGUGAAGAUUACAGCUUCUACAACAGCUUAGUAUACUUGAUGGAAAAUAAUAUAAGCUCUCUAGGCUUGGACUUGACAUUCAGUACUGAAAUCAAUGAAUUUGGAGUAACUGAAGUGAGGGACCUUAUCCAGAAUGGUAGAAAUGUUCCUGUAACUGAAGAAAACAAAAUGGAAUAUAUAAGGCUUUCUUGUCAAAUGAAAAUGACAGGAGCCAUUAAGCAACAGUUAAAUGCAUUUUUAGAAGGCUUUUAUGACAUAAUUCCUAUGCGCCUAAUAUCUAUUUUCAAUGAGCAGGAAUUGGAAUUACUUAUAUCUGGAUUACCAAAUGUAGACAUUGAAGAUUUGAAAUCUAAUACAGAAUAUCAUAAGUAUCAAUCCAACUCCCUACAGAUACAAUGGUUUUGGAGAGCUCUAAGGUCUUUUGAUCAAGCAGACAGGGCUAAAUUUCUGCAGUUUGUUACUGGAACCUCUAAAGUACCUCUCCAAGGUUUUGGCGCUUUAGAAGGAAUGAAUGGAGUUCAAAAGUUCCAAAUUCAUCGCGAUGAUAGAUCCACUGAUCGUUUACCUUCUGCCCACACUUGUUUCAACCAACUUGAUCUUCCUGUUUACGAAUCCUACGAUAAGCUUCGUUCAAAUUUGUUAAAAGCUAUACAUGAAUGUUCAGAAGGCUUCGGUUUUGCUUAACUUUAAACACUUGUUGUAUUUAAAGACUGACAAAGGUAAGAGUGUUUUUAUUGAUAUCGUAGAUGUAAAUAAAAAAAAAAAUGAAUGUACAGAUAUAGUGUGUAAAAAACAAUCUCUUUCUUUUACUAAUUUAAAAUGGGAAGAAAAAUGAGUUAAUAAUUCUUGUGUGUGCAAUUUCUGUUACAUUAAAUUGUAAAGAUUUAUUUAUUGGGGAGCACAUGUAUUUUUGUAAAGCGUUUGCUGACUAGUGAACUGAACGUGAUAGAAUGAAUUUGAUAACUCAAAUUCACUCCUUAGUAAUAUUGGUACAUCUUCAAUUUUUGAGUAUUGUUUGUUAACAUGAUCUAGAAUUAUUUUUAUCCAUAAUUAUUGUUUUUUAAUUUCUUAUCAAUUGGUUGCAACUUCUUGAUCAUAAUUUAUUUCAAAUGUAGUUACUUCUAAAGUUAGGCGAUUAUUUUUAAUAAACAAUUCUCCUUU